AUGGAAGAGGAACCAGUAAUCCUGACAGUUGAAUGCAGUGUUGUACUGCAACAGAACCUACCAGCCAAGAUGGCGGAUCCAGAAAGUUUCUCUAUACCCUACCAACUGGGCAAUGCCUCUAUUCGUAGCGCAAUGUGUUACUUAGGAGCGAGUGUAAGUCUGUUACCAAAAACCACGUAUCACAAGAUGAACGUGGGUGAACUUAAGCCCGCUAAGAUGAUCCUGCAGGUGGCAGACAAGUCAGUGAAAGCCCCUCUUGGGACUUUAGAGGAUGUACCACUUAAGGUUGAAAACGUCUACAUUCCGAUCGACUUUGUGGUAAUUGGUAUGGACAACAUGAAAGAUGAAUCACUCAUCUUAGGACAUCCAUUUCUCAACAUUGUCGAUGUUGUGAUUCAUAUCCGAAAGGGAUGCAUAAAGAUGCAUAUUGGAGAUGAAGACAUCGAACUCAAGCUGAAACCAAAGUCAGAACGGGCUAAGGAAGAAAGUGCACAGUCGUUGACUAUUCUGGAAGAACCGUCUAGUACACUGAUAUCGCAAUCUAGGUGUAGAAAUAUGAUCAAGGAAUUCAAGCUCUAA